AUGGCAUCCACGUAUAAGUGGCUACUGGCUAACUUUUUGGAAGUCAUGAUGAACAAGCAUCCUAAAGUUGUUGUGACUGAUGCAGACGAGGCUAUGAAAGAGGUGAUUAAUGAGAUUUUUCCAAAUACAACCCAUAAAUUGUGCGGAUGGCAUCUUCAGAAAAAUGCUACUUUGAAUAUCAAGGACCUAGGUUUACGCAAAUCAUUUAAGAAGUUCAUUUAUGCCAAGUGGGAUGUUAAUGAAUUUGAGGAGGAAUGGUCAAAAUUGGUUGAAGAGUUUGGUGGUAGUGACAUGUCAUGGAUUGACAAACAAUAUGAAAACAAAGAAAGUUGGGCCAGGGAAUUUCUUCAGGAUAAAUUUUGUGCUGGUUUUAGAACUACUUCACGAUGUGAAGGCAUUAAAAACUUCAUAAAGAGAUUUGUUCAUUCAAGGCACAAUAUUUUAGAGUUGGUGGAGAAUCUUGAGCGGGCUUUAAGAGAUUACCGCAAUAAUGAGAUGGUUGCUCAAUUCAAGACAAUCAAUUCUGAUCCUGUUUUGACAACUGGCUUACCGUCUCUCGAGCUUUGUGCUGCAAACAUCUACACUAGAGAGAUAUUCAAACUAGUGAGGAAGCAAAUUGAAGAAGUGGUUUCUUUAGACAUUAUACAUAGUCAGCCCCUUUCGACAACUAUGGUAUACAAGAUUUGUGCUUUUCAAAAGAGGGUCAAAAUAUUUACAGUUGUAUAUGAUCGCAAUGAGAAGAAAUUGGAGUGUGAAUGCUGUCAUUGGGAUCAUGAAGGGUAUCCUUGUAGUCAUAUGUUGUGUGUGCUGAGACGAGAGGACAUAGAUGAAUUGCCAGAAAGUCUAAUUCUAAAAAGAUGGACCCGAGAUGCAAAGAAGUAUACUAAUGAUCAAACAGUCGAAAGCAGUGCAAAUGAUGCUGAAAAAGGUUUCUUAAUGAGAUAUAGUGCUAUGUUAGUUGCCACAAUAUGGAUGUCAUUCCUUGCGGCUCAAGAAGUUCUACUUUUUGGUGAUACGAUGAAUGAAGUUACUAGAUGGACCAAAGAUCUAGAGAAAAGGUGCAACAUUAAAAGGCAAAAUGGUGUUACUAAUGUAUUGCAUCCUGCUGCUGAAUUUAUUGGUGAUCCAUGUGUCGCUAAGACUAAAGGUGCACCCAAACUCAAGAAGAAUGAAACUAGGAAAAGGUCAUGUUCAAAUUGCUUCGUGAAGGGUCAUACAAAGAGGCAUUGUCCAAAGUUGGUUGAUGAAGGUGACCGGAGCCAUGACCAUUUCCCUUCUCGAUGUACAGACACAGAUGAGACUAUUUAUGCAAAGAUUGCUAAAUUUUCAAAAGAGCCUCUUGGUGCCACAAGGAGUGAGAAUAAUGGGCGCAACUGUACUGCAGAAUCUAGUACUAAGCUCAUGGGUUCUCAAUCAAAUCUGGCGGGUAUAGGAGCAUUUUCAGGGGUCCAAUUUUAUCCAACUCUUAGUAACUUAUUUCCAACGCCACAGGGUGGAGUACCUGGCCAACCAACCACUCUGCAAAAUAUUAGGCAUCAAUGGCUCUUACAGGCCAUGGAAGCUAGGAAUACCUUGAAACAAUAG